ACCAGCAGGGUUUGGAUCCAUCCAAAGGCUGCUCGCAACAGUAUUGUUGUUCACGUGGUUACUGCCGGCUGUGUCAUUCGAAAAGCAGUCCCGUUUUAAAUAUGGCAAAACAAUUGGCUGAUAAAAUAUUGGAGUAUUUGGACGAGCACGAAGAAGUAAAUUCUCUCGAUUUGGCAGAUAUUUUCAAAGAGGAUCAUCAGAAAAUAAUUGGGGCUAUAAAAAGCCUAGAAACGCUUGACAAGUUGAUCGUAACUAACCAGGUAAGCGAGAAAAAGUGGAAGUUAACGACAGAGGGGCAACAUGUGGUGAACUAUGGGAGCCAUGAAGUAGCAGUUUAUAAUUCCAUCCCAGAUAAUGGCAUAUCUCAAUCAGAACUUAUGCAAUCUGUGCCAUUUGCAAAAGUUGGAUUUUCUAAAGCGUUAUUGGCUGGGUUGAUAGAAAUCGAUAAAUCCAGUGGGACAGCUGUUGUGAAAAAGAAAGCUUUUUUAGCACCUUUUAUAGACGUCGUACAGAAUAAUCUGAAGGAUCUUACGAACCUGACCGAUCGCCAAAGGAGCGAAUAUAAGAAGAGAAAACUUAUUCAAGAAGUGGUUAUCAAGUCCAUUCAGUUGGGACGAGGUGAAUAUUUUACAACCACGAUUGAAAAGUUAGAAACGGAAUUGACAGCGGACUUGCUGGUGAACGGCGCAUGGAAAAAGAAGAAAUUUAAACCAUACAAUUUUGCAGCACUUGGUUCUGCUCUCGAAGUGGGCCACUUGCAUCCUCUGUUGAAAGUCAGGACCGAAUUCAGAAAAAUUUUUCUUGAAAUGGGAUUCACGGAAAUGCCGACAAAUAAUUUUGUUGAAAGUUCGUUCUGGAACUUCGAUGCAUUAUUUCAACCUCAACAGCAUCCAGCUCGAGAUGCUCACGACACCUUUUUCGUAUCUGAGCCAUCUCGUAGUACAAAGUUCCCAAUGGAAUAUUUAGAGAAGGUGAAGCGUGUUCAUAGCGAGGGUGGUUAUGGGUCUAUAGGCUAUUGUUACGACUGGAAAUUAGAGGAAGCCCAGAAGAACAUUCUUCGUACUCAUACGACAGCUGUUAGCACUAGGAUGCUUUACAAGCUGGCGCAGCAGGAUGAUUUCAAACCAGUGAAAUUCUUCAGCAUCGAUAGAGUAUUUCGCAAUGAGACUUUGGAUGCCACGCAUCUCGCAGAAUUUCACCAAAUCGAAGGUGUAAUCGCUGACUAUAAUCUGACGUUAGGCGAUCUGAUUGGAAUUCUGUAUGAAUUUUUUAAGAAACUUGGUAUUACGCAGCUCGAAUUUAAACCUGCGUAUAAUCCGUACACGGAACCAAGCAUGGAAAUCUUUUGUUUCCAUAAUGGCCUGAACAAGUGGAUAGAAAUUGGUAACAGUGGAAUGUUCCGACCAGAAAUGUUGUUACCAAUGGGAUUACCGGAAAACGUGAACGUAAUUGCAUGGGGAUUGUCUCUGGAAAGGCCUACUAUGAUUAAAUAUGGAUUGAACAAUAUACGAGAUUUGGUAGGAUCGAAAGUGGAUUUGAAAAUGGUUUAUAACAAUCCUAUUUGUCGCUUAAACAAGACCACCCAUAAUCCUCUGCAAAGUCGAAAGCCCAACGACCAGAAAGAAAAAUCGAUAGAGCAGAAAUCGGGCAUGCAUAAAUCUAGCGAUAUCGAACGUCGAAAAUUGGAGAAACAGAAAUUUGUGAUAUUCUGCGACCCAAAGCAUCCGAUUAAUUUCCUAGUGUCUUUCUUCCGCCUCGUUAAACCCUACGUGAAUAUUUUUGUAUCGACUCACACGCAUUCCAGUGUUCGUCACUUGCCAAAAGAAUUAUCAACAUUUUGUUUAGAUUAUCGAAACAGAGAUCGGGAUGUAGAACUGGAUGCGACGAUAAUUUGGAAGGAAAUCGGAAUCGAUCCAUCGAUGCAGUUACCAGGAAUGCGUCAGAUAAUGGGUCAAGUAAAUAUAGCGCGGUACCUGAAUCGCUUAAUUGAAAAUUAUUACCCGGAUGUAUUGCCUUACGAGAGCAGAGGUGUAUUGUACGCAAAUCAAAUAGAUAAUUAUUUAGAGAAGAUACACAGCGGAUUGCAUAAGAAUGAAUUCAAAGGUAUCCAGAAGAAGUCACGUUACCUAAUGGGCGAGGACGCGUCCAUCGCGGACAUCGUUUUGGAGUCCCUCGAGAAGCAUAAACCGUCUGGACAUAAAUAAAACGAAGAUAAAGUUUUACUGAAAUCUUGUCAACUAAAUUUUAAUAAAUGUUAUAUUUAUUAUAAAUAUUAUUUUUCGAUGUUAAAUAUGUACUAUACCGUCGUAUUUAAUUUAGUUACGUGAAGUAACUCGUUUCACGUUUAUUUAUG